AUGUUGACGACGUUUAUCAGUCGGUCAAACAACCGUGACGAACUGCUACCGGAGAAAGGUGCUGUCGACGACGAGGAGGGCACUGGACGCCUUGGAGGGAUUAUUGGACCGGUGGUGUCGGUGGCAGUUGCACCCCGUGUGGAGGGACCGGGCGAAGCGAACCCCACGACUCCUGGCGUGGUUGGCGUUCGCAUGAAGGCGGAAGGGCGACAUGGAUUUGUGAAUGCAAUGCGGGAGGCUCAAGUGAAGGCGUUCAACGAUUUUCUGCUUCAGGCGUGUACAGAACGGAUGAGCUUGCUGGAGCACAAGGAAUCGCAUUUGGCGGAGUGGGCGUCACGGUUCGAAGAGAUCACGAGGCAACAAGAACAAGCUCGACAAGAGGCGUUCCAACUGGCACUCAUCAACAUGGAGUCGUCGUUCCAACAGCAGGCGGCUUUGGUCCAGCGUGGAUGCACGAAACGACUCGAGGCGGAGCGGGAACGCAUCGGGAAGGAGGCCCGUCAAGAGGUGCUCAACUCGGGUCUCGUGGAGGACACUGUCCAGGGUCGAACGACGGACCUCGACGGUCAACUGGCUGUGACACGCGUGGUUCACAAGGAAUUGGAGGCGCUCGUGCUAGAACGGUCGGGCAUGGUGGAAAAACUACGGGUAGAAAGGACGGAUCUGCUGGAUCAAACUAAAGCGUUGGGCGAUGAGAUUAGUCGCAUCCGGAGCUCUGAGGAAGUGGCGGUGUCGGCCGCCCUAUCCUGUAUGGAGCGCCAGCGUCAAGUGGAUGCGGCGAUGGUGUCUGCGUUGCGAGCCGAACUUGGGUUGAGUCGUGCCCGUGCGGAAGACGACAAGGCCCUCGACGACAGCGAGUUGGUUCAGACUCGAGCCGCAUUUCAGGCCGAGAAGCGAGAAAUGCUGUUCGAGUCGGAAAGGAACGAUGAGAAAUGGCGAACGGAAUUCCUGUGUUUCAAGAACGAAGUCCUUGAUGCGUCGCUGGCGAUACGAGAGGAAGACCGUUUGGAUGGUGAUGAGUUGAGGGCCAGCCUGGCACAGAAAGACAGGGCCAUCACUAUACUCGAAAGGGCCGACGCCGAGAAACAAACGGCGGCUCUUGAGGCCUGCCCAGAUGCGAGGGAUUGA